AUGGGUAACUGUCCGCCAAAAACAAUCUAUACCGACGAGUCUGAAGCCAUUGCUAGUGUAGUAAAGGUGGUGUUUCCAGAGACAGAGUACCGUCUUGGUAUGUGUUAUAUCACUGAAAAUGCUAAAAAACACCUUUCCACAUGUUAUGAGCGCUGCCUUAAUUUUGAGAGCACUUUCAAUAGAUGUAUCUUUGAAUGUUCUUCAAAGCAAGAGUUUGAAUCAGAAUGGAAUUUGUUACUAGACAAAUAUGGCCUCCUAGGGAAUUCAUGGCUUAAUAGGCUAUUUGCGUUAUGCGAAAAAUGGUCUCAUUUGUUCUUUAACAAUAAGAAGACCUUCACUGCUGGAGUAGAAUCAAUAUUAAACAGCAUGACCAUUAAUACUGUUUUUCAAACUUCAGAGGGUACUGACAUCAUGACUUUACCCGGUUUUGUUCAACAAUGUGUUCAAGAAGCAGAGAAGAGGCGUUUAGAAGAAACAAAUGAAGAUUUUUGUACUUGCAAUGAAACAGUGUUUUCUAAAUCAAGAAAAGGGUUGGAGAAGCGAGGAGGAUAUAUAUACUGGCACAAUAUUGAGAAUGUUCAAGAAUGA